UCCCCUCUUGCUUCUCCCUUCUUUCUUGCCUUCCCGAACAACCGCCGAAUAAUAAUACACUAGCGCUAGCGAUAGAGGAAUUUUGUUGGAGGUAAAGUAGCCAGACCGACCGGGGGAAAAAAGACCGUGUCUUGAUGUCGUCGUCGUCGCUGUCGCCGGCGGGGAGGACGUCCGGGUCGGACGGCGACUCGGCGGCGGACACGCGCCGGCGCGAGAAGCGGCGGCUGUCGAACCGCGAGUCGGCGCGGCGGUCGCGGCUGCGGAAGCAGCAGCACCUGGACGAGCUGGCCCAGGAGGCGGCGCUCCUGCAGGCCGAGAACGCGCGCGUGGCGGCCCGCGCCGCCGACGUCGCGUCGCAGAACGCGCGCGUCGAGCAGGAGAACGCCGUGCUCCGCGCUCGCGCCGCCGAACUCGGCGCCCGCCUCCGCUCCGUCAACGAGGUGCUCCGCGUCGUCGAGGAGUUCAGCGGCGUCGCCAUGGACAUCCAGGAGGAGGUGCCGCCGGCGGACGACCCGCUGCUCCGCCCCUGGCAGUUGCCCUGCUACCCGGCCGCCGCCAUGCCCAUCGGCGCCCCGCAUAUGCUCCGCUACUGAUGAGUGAUGAAUGAUUGCCCCCGCCAACCAUACGAGGCAGACAGAGCCGGGGCUGGUCGGCAAACGAGACAAGAAGAAUUGGCUGCGUCUCAACAACACAUGAUUAUUGCUGCUGAUCUGUUCUCUCUGUGUGUAUGAGAUGAUGCUCGUUUACAUAUGUAUCUGGUUGGUUGUACUUUCGGUAUUGUAAUGUUAUUAUAUCAAUAAGUGUUAUGUAAUCUCCUACGUUUGAGUGUUU